AUGAAGCACGCCCAGUCUCUUUUGCAAAAUUCGAGGCCGGCCAGCAUGCUCUGGACUCGCGUUCGGCUGCAAUCCACUCGGCGGUAUUCUCAAGUAACACCUACAUCACAGAUCAACCCAUCACAGCCUAUAAUAACAGAGACUCCUCCAAUAGAGGAUCCUAGCGCAUCAGAAGAACAAGACUUGUCUAACUCAACCGAAGAUGGCACAGGAUUUUACAAAAGAAUGAUGAAUGAAAUGCGUCAGAUUCAGGAUCUUAGUGUUAUUCCUCCUAAACGCAAUUUUGAAAGUUACCAAGAGAUUCGAGAAUCGCAUUUUGCACUGCGCAAUUAUUACGACAUGCGUGAUCUUGUCUUACGACUCAAGUUUGUGCUUGCACGUCUCAUCGAAAUAUCUAUGUCAUCAGAUGGAAAUAUUUUGGAGUCCUUGCACCAUUCAUUACCGAAAGUUUCUGAGAAACGGACACUUAGUUCUCGUCUUCGCGAGCGCUACACUAAUGAAAGUCUGCCGCCUCUUCCAAGUGGCUGGAGCUCUGCAAGUGAACUCGAAGACUACCUGGCCAGACUGGUGUCAAAAAAAUAUAUCGGGACAUCCAAAAAGCGACCGCAACUAAUCAGCACGCUUAUUCUUGAUUUAUUACGGCCCAACUCUCCAGAUACUGGCCACUGUUUAUCUACUGAAGCAUACAAUAUUGCUGUCCGAUACUUUAUCGAAGUGAAUAAACUCAACUUAGCACGAAGCCUGCUUAACGACAUGAUGGAGCAUGGAGGCAGUAUUGCACCUAAUACAGAGACCUUUAACACGUUGCUAACACCCACACGCACUCGAUUGCUUGGUGGAAAACAAGGAUACCGUCGUAAAUAUUUCAAUUACUAUCUUCGAAACACCAUGAUCCAGGAAAAUAAGUUCUGGAAAGAAAAAAACAAAGGUAAACAAGUCAAAAGCAAAAAGUCAUUGUCGGACAUGUUAGAACUUUUCAAGCCAGAAAGAGAUGACAUUAUAUAUCUCCAACAUCCACUCCAGUUUGUUACUAGCAUGCUUAGAGCUAUGGCUGAUAGAAAUGUUCCUGCCAAUGCUGAGACCUGGAACAUUAUUCUUAACUGUGCAAUUGGACCUGUUGCAAAAUCAGCAGUGCUAAAGUAUAUGGAUGAUUACAAGAUUCCAUUAUAUGUCUCUGGUCAAGAAUCUGUGCUGGCAGACCUUGCUGAUUUCAUGGGUCCACAAAAAGUCAUGGAUCUCAUCACCAACGACAAGUCAGCAUACCGACUUACCAAAGCUUCUAUUAAGACAGUUGUCUCUAGACUGGUAGAUGUACCUACAAGCUCUAAUAUUAGCGCUGCAUGGAGGCUCAUUAACGAAUACGCCGCAUCUAUAGAUUACACCAAACGAAACCAAUGGUAUAAAAGAAUGUAUCACCAGCAAACGGAAGAGUUUUUUGAUGAAGAGGUGGCAGAUGAGGGGGAAGCACAGGCGAAUGGACUUAUUAUUCCAUCACCUGAUCUGUUAAAUCUAUUUGUGGAAAAGUUUUCAAAAGCUGGACGAAUGGAUUUAAUUAUUGGUGUGAUUGCUGGAUUUUUGCACAACUGGAACGUACCGGCAACGGUACGCACUUGGACUUUUGUACUGGAAGCCCUGACACGGUUGUCGUCUACAGCAUACAAGCGGGCCUUUUGCACACUAGUUUAUAACGAACUGUUAUGCCUUCUGAAUACAAGAUCUGUGGAAGGGCUGCCGCGUAACAUCCGCGCAUGGAUCCGAAGAAUUGAAUCACAAUAUGAGUUUCAUUUGCAAAAACUUAAAGCAUCCAAUACCGAGGUUCUUGAUGCAGAAAAGCUUGCUCAAUUUGAAAAUCAACUGUCAUCACCAUUCAUCAUCAAGAACGCAGAAGAGUUAGCGCCUGAGAGAAAGAUGUGGGAAGAUGCCAUGGUCAAGCUGCGGUGGGAAGAAUGGCCAAAACUCACCUUCUUUGACCCAGAGUAUAUUCCCAAGAAUGAUCAAACACCUAUUCCCACCCUUGAGGAAGCUGCUGAGCAAUCUAAAAAAUUUCGAUUUGUAGCUCUUGGUGAGUAUCAUCCUGACCAGAUAACGGUCGACAAUUGGGCAACGGCUGCGCGCAGUUCUGAGUUGCGGGAUCUUGUGAUAUCAAUUGGAGUAAUGGGUCCACACAUCUGGCUGAUUCAAUAUUUUGCUAAGCACGAGCAUAUGCCGAACGACACAACAUAUAAGUAUGUGGACGAGUGGAAAAUCUUUUACAAUAAUCGCAAAAAGGAAUUCCGUAAUGCGAUAGAUGAAAAGGAACAAGAACGUAGGAAGGAUAUUAUAGCGGACCCCUACCGAGCUUACAUCCAAGAUCUCAGGAAGGAAUUUCGCAUGAUAGAAGAUGAACAAUGA